CUUCUCUUUCUUGGAACAUUGUCAAAAUGUCAUUUGAUCCGCAUGUGGCUCGCAUGUGGUCCAAGUUGGUAGCGAGCUGAAGGCCCAGGCAGCAUUGCGAGUAUUGCGAUACGCAGUAGUCGAGCUGUUCACGUGCGUGAUUGCACAGUAAGAUAAAGGCUUGCAUAUCAAGAGCAUGGAAAAACCUAUAGUGCGGGCGAGAGUCGUGAAGGUUCUCGGCAGAACGGGUUCCCAAGGACAGUGCACUCAAGUCAAAGUGGAAUUUUUGAACGAGCAGAAUAGGCAGCUUAUCAGGAAUGUCAAGGGUCCCGUGCGCGAAGGAGACAUCCUGACGCUGUUGGAAUCCGAACGAGAGGCCAGGAGACUCCGUUGAACUGGAAGAAAUAAUUGUCACGUGCCCAUGAGAAUCACUGGCAUCAGGAAAUCCGCAUCGGAAUGAAAUCUUGAUAUUCUGGUGGCAAGCACGCUGACGAAAUUAAAGAAGAAGAAAAACUGGUUCUCACUGCGAUUAUCACUUUAUCACAUUUUUUUCCGCCUAAUUUUGGAAUAAUGUAUCAAACAAAAGAAAAUACGUGUUCUUUUUAUACUUGCAAAAAAUGAAAGUUUUCUUGAGUUAACUUCUGUUUUAUUUUCCCAUUUACUUUAGUAUGUCAAUAAAUUAGUUUAUCUUAUA